UGACUGUGAGAUGACCUGCAGGGACAGGGACAGUUUUCCUGUGUCCCAUAAUCCCAGGCCAGCCCCCCUCAGCCUUUUGGGGGUGUUGGAUGCAGCUUUGCCAGGUGGGAGAGCAGGGAGCGGAGGAGGAUCCACGAGGGCAGAUUAAAGCCCAGUGGGUGGCUCUCAUUGGCCAUCUUAAAACUGCAGCUCGUUAAUUAAGGCUUUAGGAGCUCACAAAUAGCUCAGCUCUGUGUCCUGAGCUUGUCUCUGCUCCCGGGGGCUGGACUGCAUUCCUCGGCUGGAGGAGAGCAAAAGGAAAAGUCAUGCAGGGACCAAGGCCAGUGGUUCUGAGUGGCCCUUCAGGUGCAGGGAAAAGCACUUUGUUAAAGAAACUGCUCAAAGAUUACGAGAACAUCUUCGGCUUCAGUGUCUCCCAUACCACAAGGCAGCCAAGACCUGGGGAAGUGAAUGGCAAAGAUUAUCACUUUGUGACCAGAGAGGAAAUGCAGAAGGAGAUCGAUGCCGGGGAAUUCAUCGAGCACGCCGAGUUCUCCGGGAACAUGUACGGGACGAGUAAAGGUGCUGUGCAGGCUGUGCAGGCCCAGAACCAGAUCUGUGUCCUUGACAUCGACAUCCAGGGCGUGAAGAACAUCAAGAAGACCGACCUGAACCCCAUCUACAUCUCGGUGCAGCCGCCGUCCAUUGACAUCUUGUACAUCAGGCAGUCUCUGGUUCUCGUUGAGCUUGAGGAGGAGGAAGCCAACAGCACCACGUGGCCAGAGCCCAGCAGAGAGAUUUCAUUUCCAGCAGUACCUGGAAAAAUAAAUAAAUAAGAGGGAGGAAAAAAGGCUACGAGACCGAAAGACUGAGACAGAGGAGAGUUUACUGAAGCGUUUGACUGCAGCCCGAGUGGACUUGGA